AUGGCGUACUCUCCACCGCCUGUUUCGCCAAAUAUGACUGCAGGUCCAUCCCAUGGCUUGGGUGGAGCCCAGUCUCACAGAAUGACUUCCAACGCUCGAAAUCGUUCUAGGUCUCCCCCGGCUAACCCUCAGCCUGUUUCCAAGCGUGAUAAAAGGCGAAGUGCUCUCCAGGAUCGGGUGCAAGAUCUCACAGAAACAUUCAGCAAUGAACGUGACUACCAUUUUCGCAAACAAGUUCACGAUCUUCAAACCGAGAUGACCCUGAUUUCCAACUCCCAACUAUAUGACACUGAGCCGUUGAGCGACUCGCCAGAAACUAUUUCAAAGCUUGUUGAGCAACUGUCUGCAGCGGGCCAUCUAGUGCCAGAAACGAUCCCUUCGGGAAAAUGGUAUGCAAAUUUUGUGCAGGAAAUGAAUCAAACGAAAGAAGAGCGAGAUUUAGAACUCGCCACCUUAAUGAAUCGCCAUCGCGACCAAUUUUCACGCAUUAAACGAGAACAUGACUUCAAAAUCCAGUUUGCACACCAGGAAUGCACAAAACUUGGGGAGACGAUUAGGGAACGAGUGGUUAUGUCAAUUUCCCAGAAGAAAAAUCGACUGAUGAAGGAGAAGGAACAACUAGACCUUGCAGAUACCAACGCGCUACUCCUCCAUCCAAAUCAAUUUUCAAUUGCAAAUCCCGCAAGCCCUGGAGGGCUUCAAACUAAUAGAAAGACUAGGCACACGCGCCAUAGAGUUGAUGUAGAUGACAUGGGGAAUGGAAUUGGCUCUGAGCCAACCAAUAAAAGGAAACGAAAAGGCAUAGUCGAUGAUGACUUCGAUUCUCCCGCGAGAGAUGGGGGUAUGUUAACACCGGCAGACCGAACAAAGGUGCGGAUGAGUCAACACCAAAACGCCGCAAGUUACCACAUAUCCUCUCUAUUCACGGAGAAGGAAUUGGCAAUGCACAGUAACAGCGCCCACGUCGCCGCUCUCCAUUUUCUCGCUGCCUCCAAAAGGGCUAAGCAGCAAGCCUCAACCCCGGCGACGAACGGUCAAAAUGCUGACGGCGGCGAUGAUCUAGCUGGCUCCGGCGACGGGAGUGGACAAGAAGACACAAGCGCCGCGCCCGAAAUGGAACGAACAGCUAGCCAGGGCUAUCACGCUACGCGUUCGACACGUAACACGGGCGCUGGUACUUCUGGCUUGACACUGCUCGGCGAACUUGCAGACAAAACAGCCACACGGCCCAACCUGCCCUAUUUCAUUCUAGGAAAUUACCACGCACGGCCCAACGGUUCCGGGUCUGCACCGCCGCCACCACCGCUCAUGCCGGAGGAGAUCGAGGACGAUCUAGCCCGUAUCGAGAAACUAGCGAGCAAGCCUCAGGGAUGGAUCGACACUCGCUUGGUCAAUGAGCUUGUCGAGGCGACCCAUGAGCAUGAUCAGGAUCAUGACAAGAUUGUUGACGGGUUUUUCCUUGAGAGUUCGGAGAGGUUUGGUUCGCUGCACCCUGAUUUCCCGCCGGAGAUGGAUGUGCAUUUGGUUCGUCUGUAUCCCCGCAAAGAAACAUGA